GAGGGGAACCAAAUAACAGGCAGUCGCCACGUGGCUGCACCAGCUUCAUCGACGAACGGAGAGCUCCACGUGGAGCCCCACCUCGCGACACGUGGCGAUAUGGUCAUGAUGGGUGAAAUGUUCGACGUGUGGCUACAGAGCAGAUGCCCCGUCGCGGGGCUUCCGUCAGCACGUGCGGCAUGCAUUGUGCUGGGGUACGUGGUAUUCAUGGCGAUCAUUGGCCAGAUUUUCCCAGGGAAGGUUGUCCCAGGCGUGGUUCUUGCCGACAAAACCAGGCUCUAUUACAAGUGCAAUGGUAAUUAUCUGAUUAUCUAGGCGACUAGAGCCAUCACACCCA